AUGGCUUACAUUGGAGUUUACAGGCACAGAAGUCGUGGGGAUCUUUCGCAUAAGUGGGUCGAACAGACGGAUGCGAGACCUGCAGAUCAUCUUCGAGACCCCCCCUCGAUAUGGAAAGAACAUACAAUGGCAAGAGCAACAGUUUACACCGCACGAUGUAGCUUCCAUCUUUCGAAGAUUCCUGACAUCCAUGCCG